AUGGGAAUGCUAGCGGCGCAGUAUGAGUCCCUUAAGGCUUAUUCCACUGCACAUCUCAGCCCUGCACCUGCACUCUCCUCUUGUGUGCCGUGCAAGAUGGAAGCUCAAGUUGAGGUGCAUGAUGCCUACCCAAACUCUUCACUGAACAUUCCUGUUCUGUUUCCAAAUCAGUUUGGUGAAGGUGGGUCAGCACCGGCAUCAGGAGACGCUGAUGGCGACGCUCUCGUCUCUGAGGCGUCCAGCUCCCAGCAACACAUCAGGAUUGGAUGUCCCCAGCGUGGGUUGGUGUCUGCAGGUGCAAGUGAACUACAGCAGCACAUUGAUUCAGAACAUUCUGCUUCAGGACCCCACCCCUGCUCUGAAGACUCCUCUAGUUCAGGGAGUGGUCUACAGCAGAACAUUGAUCUGGAACAUCCUGUUUCAGGACCCCAUCCCUGCUGUGAAGACUCCUCUAGUUCAGGGAGCGGUCUACAGCAUCACAAUAAUGCUUUGCAUUCAAUAGAAACAUCCUACAGGUUCCCAGACUGUAAACAAUCCUGUACCACAAAUGAUUCAAUGAAAAAGCAUAUUAGAUCCAAACCUUUGUCCAAAAGUAAACACCAAAACCGUUCCUGUUUGAAUUUGUGUGCCAAUAAAGUUAAUCCCCAACAAAAUAUUUUCUUGAAGCAUUCUCCAAGAAAUGCACAGAAACAUUCUCGGAGUAAACCUGCUGAUGAAUGCAAUGGAAUCAUGCAGAAACGUGUUUCUUAA